AUAUGACGUCAGAGCGCCGUCUGCAUCCGGUUGCGGGGCCGCGAUGGCGGCUACUCUGGAGUCCGCGGUGGAGGACCCUCUGCGGAGCUUUGUACGAGUUUUGGAGAAGCGAGAUGGCACAGUGUUACGUCUGCAGCAGUAUGCCUCCGGCGGCGUGGGUUGUGUUGUUUGGGACGCUGCCAUUGUCCUUUCUAAAUACCUGGAAACACCCGGGUUCUCGGGUGACGGGGACCAUGCGCUGAGCCGGCGGUCGGUGCUGGAGCUUGGUUCUGGUACAGGGGCCGUGGGACUAAUGGCCGCUACCCUCGGGGCAGACGUUGUAGUCACGGAUCUUGAGGAACUGCAAGACUUAUUGAAGAUGAAUAUUAACAUGAACAAACAUCUUGUGACCGGUUCUAUUCAAGCCAAGGUACUGAAAUGGGGAGAAGAAAUAGAUUUUAUUUCUCCGCCAGACUACAUACUGAUGGCUGACUGCAUAUACUACGAAGAGUCUUUGGAGCCAUUGCUGAAAACCCUAAAAGAGCUCAGUGGAUCUGAGACUUGUAUUAUAUGUUGCUAUGAACAACGAACAAUGGGGAAAAAUCCAGAAAUUGAGAAAAAAUAUUUUGAGCUCCUUCAACUAGACUUUGACUUUGAAAAAAUUCCUUUGGAAAAACAUGAUGAAGAGUAUCAAAGUGAAGAUAUCCAUAUUUUAUACAUCAGAAAGAAAAAAUCGAAAUUUCCAUCAUGAAAUUUCCAUCUUUUAGCCACCUUACCCAAUGCUGUAAACAUCCUGGGUAAGCAAAAGAUAUGAAUGGAGCAUGUUGAUUCAGCAUGGGAAGAUUGUGUUCACGGAUUUUUCCAGCAUGUCCCUAGAGAUCCAGUAUAUAUAUGACAACCACCAGAGGCUGUCUGCGGUAUGAAAAAUGACUGACUCCCCACCAGAGGAUCUGAAAUUGACUUAGUUUACUUAGCCCAGCAUCAAGUUCUUAAAAGAAACAUCUGUCAGUCACUCCUCAAAUAUAGAUAUUGAAGCUAGCCUAAAGUCUGCCCAAAAUACUGAGCCAGCAUGGUUGACUGGAGUAUUUUCAGAAAACUAGAGCCAAGUUGAUCCAGUUUAUAAAGAGAUACUCUAUGCUAUAUAAUGUUAAGCCAGUAAAUUUUAGUUUGUCUUCAAAUAGAAAAAUUUGAAAGGAAGUUUUCAUUUUAACAUAAUUAUGCAGUAAAUUUUUUACCAUGUGUCUUACACUUUUCAUUGCACUGAUUGCAUAAUUAAAUGUUCCUUUAAAAAAAAAAACCUGAAAAUCCUGUUGUAGUCAUAUCAGCCAAAGAUUUUCUCCUUACAUACCUAUCGGACUUAGAGAGUAAAUUUCACUGCAGUGAGUUGGUAAGAAUGAAAGUAAGUAAUCAGGGCACUGGGCAGGAAGAAAAGGGACCAGACCAAUAGAAAUUUUGUUUUAAUUUGAGAAUGAAGGGGAAUAAAACACCACUUUCCAACUUUAUGCAUUGUGUGGCUGAUGACCUUCAUUUUUAUCUUUUAUCAUUUUAUCUAUAGUUCUGUCUGUAUUUCAAAAUGACUUCUGUUCUGUGUAGUCUGUGUUUUGUUAUAGGAAUUGUUCAUAUAAACCUAUCUGUCAAGGACAUCAGUCACACCAGUUCCAAAGAGUAAGUGGACAUUGAUAUUCAAUGGUACAUUUUAUGUGUUAAAAAUAAACAUUGUUUCUUGAAACUGAUUUUGUGAAUGUUGUGGAACUAGCUUUGAAGAAAAUGAAUUUCUUAACAGUAACUGCUUUCCAGAAAGAGCAAAAGGCACCCUGUUUAGAGAUAUUAUUAAAUAAAGUUCUUUUCCUUAGGCUUACCCUGUGUUUAUAAUACCUUGGAAUUUCUUUAAGCAGUUUACCAAUCAAUUAAUAUAAUCUAAAUAAUUGAUACUUUGUUAUAGAUAGCAGUGGCUGUUAGUGAAGUCCAAGAAAAUGACCACUUUGUAGUUUGUUCCAUAAUAUGGAGCUUAUAAAAGUAACAUUAACCAACUAGAGUAGUCCAUCCAGAUUUUUCAGAUUCCUUUUCCCUUUCCUCCCGCCUUCACUGAAGAAUCUGGCUAAAGUCAACCUCUAUAACAUUGCCAAACUCACAUCUCAUUCCUUAUCCCAUUCUCACUCUAUUAGUGGAUUUAAUACUUAGUAAGUCACCUUCAUACUUUCAUUGCUGAGAAAUUGAACUAAGUUACUGUGAAGUUCAGAAAUUUCUAAAUCAAGUAGGUUUUUUCCUUAUUGUGGAACAAGGCCAAAACAAAUUUAAAGUUACCAAGUUCCUAUGUUCAAAGAUUAGAAAACCACUGUGGUUAGGAUUAUCUGAAAAAUUCAAAAAACAAAAAACAUGUUUAGGUCCCAUCCAGUAAUUAAGUCAAAGGCAUCAUAAUUUUGUUAAAGGGUUCCAGAUUCUUUUUAAGAUUUAUUUAUUCAUGCAUAGAAGAGCUGGGGGUGUAAGCCAGAGAUGUGGGGGAGCAGAACA